GCGAAUUAUGUGAGACGGCUGUUAUCCCAUGUUUGGCUAUUAAUAUGCGUGACAUCACGCGCUACAUUUCCCCUUUUCACUGACCUAUCGUUUUCUUCCGUCCACUCAUGUCUUUCCCGUGCCUUCGCAAUGCCUUCAUCCGAUACACCCAUUUCCAAACUCUCCGCAGCCACCGUUUUUCUACUCUCUGCGCCCAACUGCACAGUGUAAACCCUCAGAGCCAAAUACCCCGCGUUCCCAAUGCCUCUUCUCCUCCAAAAUCCGGCUCCAGCGGCCCCGGGCCGGGAUCAAACUCCGGUUCAAAAUCCCGGCCGCGGUCUCCGUUCCUCUUAUUCGCGAAAGCUUUCUUUUUGACCCUUAUACCCGUUACACCAAUCGUUGUCGUGUUCCGUGAGCACAUAAUCUCUACAUACCCCGUGGGAGGGCCAUCAAUGGCGCCAUAUCUAAACGCCACAUACGGCGUGGAAGAUUUGGCUAGGGAGACCGUCGUGGUGAGCAAGCUCUUAUGGCUACGAAGCACCAGGCAUGGGAAGGAAGGCGGCAUUGGCGACGAAAACUGGAAGGGUCUGCAUAGGGGGAUGGUGGUCAUGUUUCGAUCGCCGCGAAAUCCGGAAGUCCUGGCCAUAAAGCGCAUCAUCGGCUUACCGGGCGACGAAGUCACACCUCGGCCUGCACCGCUGUCUUCUUACUCCGUCCAGUUCCCUCAUCUUCCGGAUUCUAUUCAUCCGACACAUCCACAGAUCGUCCCGUACAAUCAUGUCUGGGUAGAGGGUGACGCGAAUGAUACUAGUAAGAGUCUAGAUAGCAAUACUUACGGUCCCAUUAGCAUGAAUCUAAUCACAGGUCGGGUCGUUGGUGUGGUCUGGCCAUGGGAGAGGAGAAGGAUGUUGAGAUGGGAGCUGUGGGACCCCGCAGCGAACGUUCCCGACAUCGACGUGAGUGACGUGCCUGAACUCGAGUGGGAAAGAGAAGCCGGCGGGGAAGCUGGAAGAAGCCAGCGGAUGAGAGUGAGGAAGAGUGUGAUUUCUGUUGAGGCACCAUUUGUUUCUUAAAUAGACGGGGUUAUUGAUAUAAUAAGGCUGGGUUUAAAGCAUAAAUUUUGGUUAAGAUACUCGAUGCAAGGCAGUUGGAUC